AUGGCUUCGGGGGGAAGAACUGCCACCAAUAACCAUAAGAACCAACCACCUUCCUCCACAGUUGAGUCUCUAAAUGGCUUGAAAUUCGGCCAAAAAAUAUAUUUUGAGGAUUUGGGUCUCUCCACACCGUCAACCACUUAUUCAACUUCAUCCUCUUCUUCUGCUGUUGGUGUUCCCAAGAAGGGUAGGGGCGGUUCGGUUCAGCAUGCUCAGCAGCCACCGAGGUGCCAGGUUGAGGGUUGCAAAGCAGAUCUGAGUGAUGCUAAGGCUUACUAUUCAAGGCACAAAGUUUGUGCCAUGCACUCCAAAUCCCCCACUGUCACUGUUUCUGGUCUCCAACAAAGGUUUUGCCAACAGUGUAGCAGAUUUCAUCAGCUUCCUGAAUUUGAUCAAGGGAAACGAAGUUGCCGCAGGCGGCUUGCCGGCCAUAACGAACGUCGGAGAAAGCCCCCACCAUCCAGCAACUUCUUAACCUCUCGUUAUGCAAGACUUUCUUCGUCACUUUUUGAUGAUAGUGGCAAAGGUGGAAGCUUCCUGAUGGAAUUCGCUUCAUACCCGAAGCUCGGUCUUAGAAACACAGUUCCAAAUCCCAGAUCAUCUCAACCAAGCUGGCAGGGCUAUUCAGAGACAUCAUCUGACCUUUUCUUGCAAGGUUCAGUGGGUGGAACAAGCAUCCCCAAUGUCAGACACCCUCCUCCUUCGAGCGAAAGUUAUGCCGGUGUAGCAGACUCAAGCUGUGCUCUCUCUCUUCUGUCAAGCCAAACAUGGGGAUCUAGUAACAUGGCACCAAGUCUCGGGUUGAAUAACAUGUUGAAUUUCAGUGGUGCACCUGUGACACAACUUGCUGCAUCAUCCCAUGGUGAAUCCAUUCAUCAAGUUCCGAAUCCCUGGUGGUGUUCAAACAAGGUUGUCCCUGAUCUAGGCCUCGGUCAAUUCUCGCAGCUUCCUAAUAGCCAAGUUCCCGGCGAGUUCGAUGCACUGGAACCAGCUAGGAGGCAUCAUGUGAAUUUAGAGUAGUCCGGGGCCUAUGAUUCACUUCCUUGGUCACUUAAUGCACUUGAUUGCUCUUUUUGUAAUAACCAAACUCUUAGAAAAUGAGAUGGGAACCUGUGCUACUUGAUUGCUGUUGCUAUUUUUGAUUCAGUUGUGAAACUUUCAGCCACUAAAUCAAUCAUGUAAGAGUAGACAUUGUUGCUGUCUUUCUACAUGGGUAUGGCAUUACUACCACCUCUUAAAUUUGAUGAUUAA